UCAAUGGCGACGUCGCUCCCUAUUCUUGACAGUCGCGUAAGCGUAUGCGGUCAAGAUGGAUAAGCUAAUGCGACAGCCCUAGACUAGGAGGCCAACCUUGGGACUACCUUGUGAACUCCAAUGCCUCCUGCUUGGGCUUAUCCACUUUGACUGUCGCAUAAGCUUAUGCGACAUUCGGAUAAGCUUACGCGGGUAGCCAAUCUUGGAUUGGGACGCGCAUUUGCUUGCGAUCCUGCUUAACGCUCUCUGACGCGCUCUGCGCGCGUUGUGAGUGGACUACUAAACCACUGCCACUGCCACCAAACGUCAGUACCGCCUUCAUUUCUUUCUGCAUUUCGCUGAUUCUUCUGUUUAGCUGCCAGCUUAGGCUGAUUGUUAUUUAUCUACGAUGGUUGUAGACCUCGAUGACGAAACCUUCAACAGCCUCGUUCUUCAUCGCGAAACUCCCGUCCUGGUCCUCUUCUGGACCGCCGAAGCUCAGUGCGACGAGGUUGUUCGCUUCGUCGAUGAGCUCGCAAUGAGGUUCGGGGACGCGAGUAAGCUCGCCUUUUGCAAGGCGAACACUGACAACCUCCCGUUCAUGGCCCAGACGUUCAACGUCAGCGCCACGCCCACUGUGAUCAUCUUCCAACGGGGGCGGCCUGUUGAGACCAUCUCAGGUGAUUUCCCCAUGGCUCACCUCCUUGCAACUGCUCAGAAGUACGCGGAAGACUCUUUCGCGUGAGGCGCUGCGUUCUCUUUGGGGCUUUCUCAAUGGAUGCUACGCGUGAAGUGCCUUCAUAUAUAUAUAAUAUUUUUUUUAUAAAAAAAAGAGAGAAAG